AUGUAUGAACUGAAAAGUGUAACGAGCCAUACAGAAGAAUAUGAUGGCAACUCCACCACGGAAUCCAGGAUGAUGGACAUUGAAGAAGGGGACAUUGCAAAGAAGGAAUUUAAUGGCGCAAAAAAAAAUAAAAUAAAGUCCUGUGGCUUUUUUACAGACAACGAAAGCUCAUUUCUUGGAAAGGGAAAAAUGGAAGCAAACAAAGAAAACCAAACAAAGGCAAAAAAUAAUGUAAAAAUUACAGACAUUUUGAAGUGCCCAUGGGAAUUUCACACCAAUUUUGUUAGUAUGAUUUUAUUUAUAAUAGGCAGUACAUUUUUUCUUUACCCAAAGUUAUACGUAGCUGGCUGUAUCAUUUUUGCUAUAGCAUGUGUCAUGUGUGUUUAUAGCAACGUAACUGGUGCUGUCAAUGUAGGCAGGGAAAAGAAAAAUGAAUUCCUCGGCUAUGUAUGUUACGUAAUCGGGUGUGUUCUUUUUAUAAUCGGCUCAAUUUAUUGCUGUUUUGUGGAAGACUUUUUUGCAAUUAUGACCUUCGUGGUAGGAAGUAUUUUCUUCCUCGUUGGAGCCGCGUUUUUUAUUAUCGCCAUAGAUUUUGACAAGAUAAAAAGCGUGGAUUAUAAAGUUUUAGUUGUGUACGUGUCCAAUUUAGUUGGGGGACUUUUGUUUACCAUUGCCAGCAUUCUUUUUUUUUACCCCAGUUGGUACAACCCAGCUUGCUACAUGUACGUCGCGGGCAGUUCGCUCUUCACCCUGGCCACGUGGUUCGACUACAUCAUUUAUGUGGGCGGCGUGGCGUGAUGGGUCUCCCUGUCCAGCAGCUUCUUUACGUAGGCGGCGUGGCGUGACGCGUCUCCCUGUUUAGCAGCCUUUUUACGUAGCCUCCUCCCCUUGGCAUAUUCUGCCACUGUGCCAUUGUGCCAUUUUGCCACUUGGCAAGUUUGCCCACUUUAGUAGCCACCCCUCCAUUUGCCUUUUUUUUCUGUGUCUCGCAUUCGUCACUGCUUUUCACUUUUGCAUUGUCGCGCCGAUUCGACAAAUGCGCGGUAAAGGGGCCUCCCUUGUGCCGUUUCGGCCAGGCUGCCUACCAUCCCCUCUAUUAAUCCGCAGUGUUCAGCCCCAUUCGUUUUAGUGUAAUUUAAAGAUUUGUUAUGCACGCGAAUGUGCAUAUGUGCGCACGCGCAUGUGCGCCCACGCGUCCAUGUGUAUGCCCCCCUACAUUUGAACAGAUCGUCAGUGCGCCUAAAAAUGGUGCAUGUCGAGUGUAGCAAAUUUGGUGGGAAGAAGUGCACAGAGUGGCCCCUCGUCGCCGCGCUUACUUUGCAACAUCGCGGCGGGGCUUCUCCUCUCCACCCGUUUUUCCUCCCUUGCACAU